AUGCAGAGCGAUGAUUUGCUCUCGAAAAAUGGGAUCCCCAUGUUUGGAAAGAGUGGAAUGGUAUUACGGAAAGAACAACGAGAAGAGCUUGCAAGAAAGAGGGGGCAAUGUACAUCUUGUGGAAUCAAAAUACAUAUUAUCAAAGUUUUCAAAAAGAGUCCUUUAAACAACUCCGACGUCUGGAAAGGGAUCUGUAUUCGAUGUUUCCCUUCACAAGUCCCUAGCGAGGUUGCAGCCAAAUACCAGAAGCGAAUGGCACAAAUGCAACAGGAUCAUCGCAACAAACCUAGCUUUGGAGCAGUCGCUCAUACUGCUCGAAUGACCCAGUCGAAUAGGCCUCAACUUGGUGCGCACAAUGGUGCCAUGCCACCAGUGAUGUCACCAAGCACUGUACCAAGACCCAAAGUCCAACCUCCGGGUAAGAAAAUACGACAAACGAGCAGCAGUGAUGACGGGAGCCAUAGCCGAAAGACCCACAGCCGGACUCCACGCGGUCCCAAACCGGCAUCGACAUCCCCAACGUCAGUGGGGAGCAGUUUUCCAGAUGCAGAAACAUACAAAACCGACAGAGUGGAUUCCAAAUCGAUUGCAAAGGAUCUCGGCAAACAUAGGUCGUCCCCAGAUGUCUGCCGAACAAAGUUGCACGCGUUACGGAAUCUUGCAGAGGAUCGACACGAUGCACUGAAAGAAGUGAAGACUGUCAUGGAGAAAUAUCAUGUGGACGCAAGACUGAUGGCGGUUGCAACUGGCGCAGUUUGGAGCGUUGGGACCAAGAGCGGGGACAAAAAGAAAGAGAUACUGGAUGCUGGAUUCGUCGAUGUGAUACUUGAUUUGCUUCGAAAAGCGGCUAAAGAAGAUGCGUUUGUUGCGGAAUGGGCUCUGGGAGCGAUUACUUCAUUUGCGUUCCGGGAUGACAUUCGAACCGAGAUUGCCAAUAAGGAUGGAAUCGAGGCCAUACUUGGAGUGUUAGAGCGACAGCAAUCCAAGCCUACUGCAAUUGAGUGGGGUUGCCGGGCAUUGGCAAGCAUGGUAGACUCGGGUGAUGAGAAGCAAGUUAUGUACUUGGAAAAGAACAUGGGGACAAUUGAAAAUAAAAAUGGUAUCGCAAUAAUAGCUGGUAGUCUGAAGUUUCACUUUCAAGAACCGGGUGUGCAAUGGUGGGCUUUGAGGGUGCUAUUUCGCCUUUUGGAUCGAACGGAAACAGACAUGCUGCGAGUACUGACAAUGAUGAAUGAUACUGAUUUGGGAAGUAUUUGUGUUAAAAUACUGAGCACAAAGUCCAAGUCGCCAGAGCUUAUUGCCCAAGCUGCUGAGAUGCUAUUCCUACUUGUGGUAGAUGGAACAGACUCGAGACUGAGACAAACGUCCGAAGACUGCAUCUUGAAUUUAAUGAACUGCAUGGGCGAGCAUGCUAGCAAUGCCGAACUGAUAGAAAGUUGUACGAAGCUUCUCAGAGUAGUUAGCAGAGGGAGUAAUCAUGCGAAGAGCAGAAUAUCCGAGCAAGCUACGGGGCUUUUUGCAAUCAUGACAGCCAUGAGUGACUCGCCUGAGAAUCAGGCUCUGUGCCGUGCAGGACUAACUCUAUUCUGGAUGCUUUCGAGCCACGUAGCAUCAUUUGAAAUGUCUCUGGUCGGGGCGAUCAUUGACAGCAUUCAAGCAAUUGUCGAGAAGCACCCAAAUGACGUAGACCUGAAAACAGCUGCUUGCGGUCUCCUCGCUAACGUUUUGUCGACUUCCGGAUCUACCCCCGAGGGUGUGAAACCUGAAACGGUUCUAAGGCUAUCAGCAAAUACUCUUGGGGACUCACUCCUUCGGACACAGGUGAAGCGACUUAAUUCGACGAUAUACGUGAAAUUUCCAGACUAUGCCGAGAAGAUGCUCAAUGACGGUCUCGCCAGUGAGCUCUUAGGAGGUCUGUGCGAUCCAAGCAUUGAAACCCAAAUGGCUAGUGCAGUCACUUUGACAUCUAUGGUUUCUUCUUCUGAUGCUGCCAAAAAAGUAUGUAUUGCAGCUGGGACCCUCGAGACAGCUGCAGCAGCCCUCUUGGCAACCACAUCUGAAAGUUUGGCGGAAAAGUUGCUUCACCUGCUCUCUGCCAUGGUUGUUGGUGGGAAGAAAAGUAUUCAGUUACCAAGUGACCUUAUCCAAGCCAUUCUUCAGGUGAUGGAGUCAUUUACUGCAUUGGACAGGGUUGCUUGCACAGUCAUACGGAAUGCAAUGCUGGUUGUGAGCCCAGGCACGAAAACUAUGAAUUUCGAUGGUCUUUGCCAAGUACUUGUCAGUGCUAUUGAUUCCCCCUCGAGCCAUAAUCAUUUGUUAGAGGAAGCGUGUCUUGCACUCUGGGCGACACUGCGUAAGCAACCUCAGAAUAGUGCGGACAUCUCAAUGGCCUACCAGUCGAUGUUGAAAAUGUGCUCCAAGCAGCGAAGCUUGGAUUCAAACUUCGACCCGAAACUCUCCUUUGCCAUUGGUGGGACACUCACAGUCGUCUUGGAUAAUAUGCGGGACAUGGCAGGUCAUAUCACAGAGGAUGAAAUUGAUUUGAUCAUCAAUAUGCUUGAUUUAGUAAUCGAGUAUGAUGUUCAAAACGUCCUCCUCAUGGAGAAGAUGCUCGAUGUUACGUUUUCAUUGUGUGUACUGAAGAAGGAUAUAAUCAUCCAGUUCGGCGUAAUUGUUGUUGUGAUUGACUGCAUGGUAGAACAUGAGGCGAAUGAAAAGAUCCAAGGAAAAGGCUGUGCUAUCCUUGCGCUUUUGGCAUCCACGGAGAAUCUGCAAGUGAAUUUAAGCAUCACAGAGACUGACGGAAUUGAUAUGCUUGUUAGUGCGUUUGCCAGAUUCUCGGAAAACAUAGAUAUUCAAAUAGAUACCUGCAAGGCACUGUCACACUUGAGCAUUGACCAGGAGUCGAGAAUGUUGAUCUCAUCACAGGGAGGGCUUAUUUUAUUGGUGAACGCUAUUACUACAUACAAGGACUCAGUUUCGUUAUUGGAAUGUGCAAUGGGCGCAUUGCUAAACCUUUCUGCAGAUGCUGAAGAGCAAAUUCUUGCAAGUUCGAACAUGGUCGAUGUGAUUGUGCGAACAAUGAAUGAACAAUUGACUGCCCCUAGGCUGCAGGAGAAAGCUUUGGGUAUCCUGCAAAACAUGUCAAUGAGAAGCAGGGAAGCGAAAAGAGCCAUCGCAAAUUCUGGUGGCAUUGGUGCGAUCACGUUGGCAAUUCGAGAAUUCAUGGGAUCUUCUGCUGUGCUUGAGCGUGCGUUUACGACUCUGUGGAGUGUGGGUGUGCUCAGUGAAAACCAAGUAAUAAUCGCAAACGAGGGCGGGCUCGAUCUUAUUAUCAACGGUAUGAUGGCCAAUAUUACUUUUGAAAAAGUUCAGAAGCAAGCCUGUGGAUGCCUUGCAACCUUAUCAGCAAAUUCCGAUAACAAAGCGCUAAUACGUGACCUUGGGGGAUUAGAUGCAAUUGUAUACGCUAUGUGGGCACACUACAACUCGCAAGCUUUCCUGAUUGAAGGGUGCAGAGCGCUCUCUGCUCUCGCGGUUAAUGUGCAAACCAACGAAGUUAUGAUCUGCUCUGAAGCUGAGAUCACUGCUAUUACUGCAUCUAUGAAACGAUUUCCGCACGCAGAGAAGCUACAAGAACACUCGUGUGUCGCGAUGCGAAAUUUUUCACUUUCGCCAGACAAUGUUCAACUAAUGCUACCGCAGGUGGAAGAGAUCACUGAACUGAUGAAUAGAGCCGCCGAGCAGUUCCCAUCGAGUUGUGGCGACAGGGCAAGACAGGUCAUUAGCAGCCUGCAGGGCUGA